UAUAGCAUUUAUAUAUAAUAUACCGGAGAGACUCACUGAAUAUAUAGCACAUAUACGCAUACACACAGAGAAAUAUACCAUAUAUAUGGUAUAAACAGUAUUAUUCUUGAGUGUAUGUGUGUUGUUGUGUAUGUAUGGAUUGGUAUAGUAAGUAAUAUUAGUCGGCACUAGUGUGUGUGUGUGUGUUAUGGUAUACAAGCCAGAGUAAAAUGGCGGGUCCACCACAGGCUACGACCAGAUUCUCUGAUAAUUAUGAGCUCAAGGAGGAACUGGGCAAGGGCGCGUUUUCAAUAGUGAGACGAUGUGUACAAAAAGCAACACAAUUAGAAUUUGCGGCAAAAAUAAUUAAUACCAAAAAAUUAUCGUCAAGAGAUUUUCAAAAAUUGGAAAGAGAGGCACGAAUUUGUAGAAAAUUAAAUCAUCCAAACAUUGUUCGGUUACACGACAGCAUCCAAGAGGAAGGCUUUCAUUAUUUAAUCUUUGAUUUGGUUACCGGCGGUGAACUCUUUGAGGACAUUGUCGCCCGAGAGUACUAUUCAGAAGCCGAUGCAUCCCAUUGUAUACAACAGAUACUCGAGUCUGUAAAUCAUUGCCAUAUGAAUAAUAUAGUACACAGAGAUCUCAAACCUGAAAACCUAUUACUAGCGAGUAAAGCUAAAGGCGCUGCCGUUAAAUUAGCUGACUUUGGACUGGCUAUUGAAGUACAAGGCGAGCAACAGGCUUGGUAUGGCUUUGCCGGAACUCCUGGCUAUUUAUCGCCUGAAGUGCUAAAGAAGGACCCAUACGGCAAACCCGUCGAUAUAUGGGCCUGUGGAGUUAUACUGUAUAUACUAUUAGUUGGUUACCCACCCUUUUGGGACGAGGAUCAGCACAGACUUUAUGCACAAAUAAAGGCCGGAGCUUAUGAUUAUCCCUCACCGGAAUGGGAUACCGUGACACCCGAAGCCAAAAACCUGAUAAACUCGAUGCUGACCGUCAAUCCGGCCAAACGUAUCACAGCGGCCGAGGCAUUGAAACACCCGUGGAUCUGUCAACGAGAACGGGUAGCCUCGACACUCCAUAGACAGGAGACGGUAGACUGCCUUAAGAAGUUCAAUGCCCGCCGAAAACUCAAGGGCGCCAUAUUGACCACAAUGUUGGCCACCCGCAACUUUUCUAGUCGUUCAAUAGUAGCCAAGAAGGGUGACGGCUCUCACGUCAAGGAAUCAACUGAUUCUAGUAAUACAACCCUUGAGGAUGAAGACGCCAAAGUAGUCCGGAGUUCCAAUGGUUUGUUAGAUCCUCGCAAACAAGAAAUUGUCAAAAUAACUGAGCAAUUAAUUGACGCCAUUAGUAGCGGUGAUUAUGAAACAUAUACCAAAUUAUGUGAUUCCCAGAUGACUGCAUUUGAGCCGGGUGCUCUCGGCAAUCUAGUCGAAGGCAUGGACUUUCAUAAAUUUUACUUUGAUAAUGUUUUAGGUAAAAAUUCAAAAGGACUCAACACAACAAUUUUGAAUCCAUCAGUUCAUCUAUUAGGAGAUGAUGCAGCCUGUAUCGCAUACAUUCGACUCACGCAAUACAUGGAUAAGUCUGGUGUGGCUCAUACCCAACAAUCCGAGGAGACCCGGGUAUGGCAUAAAAAAGAUGGCACCUGGCAAAACUGCCACUUCCAUAGGUCUACCCGUUCUAAUACAACACAACAACUAACUUAUUAAGACUUUCAAAAUAGCCAUCAAUUAUAAUCUAAUAAUAAUAAUAAU